UGUCUUGCCACGACAGUGAGCGAAGCAUUUUGCGGCAAGCAUGUGUACGUCGGGAGCUUGUUGUUAGCUGAAGUUUGCGCUCGUGUUUGUUUCCUGAACCUCAACAAAACAUUUUGACAUUUCUGUUUUUUAUUCAACCCGGAGACAUGGAUGUUGGAGAGCUCCUGAACUAUCAGCCUGAUAGAGGAGCAAAGCGUCCCCGGGACGAGGAUGGAGGAGCAGCAGCGGGAGGAGGAGACGAGGAUUCCAGAGGAGGGAAGCAGCAUAAAGGGAUCGGUGCCAGGGAGUUGGCCAGAUACCGGGAAGCUGCAGGGAUUGAAGUAGGGGGUGAAAUGGGUGAGGCUGAUGAGCUGACUGGUGACAAGAAGAAGAUCCUGGAGAAACUGAUGGACCAGGAUGAAGAAGAACCUGAGGCAGAACCAGUGGACGAGAGUUCAGUGAAGAAAAUGAUCCUGACCUUUGAGAAAAGGUCGUACAAAAAUCAGGAGCUGAGGAUUAAGUUUCCGGACAACCCAGAGAAGUUCAUGGAGUCGGAGUUGGAUCUGAAUGACAUUAUCCAGGAAAUGCACGUGAUCGCCACAAUGCCAGACCUCUACCACCUGCUGGUGGAGCUUAAUUCUGUCCACUCAUUGCUGGGCCUCCUCAGUCAUGAAAACACUGAUGUUGCCAUAGCAGUGGUGGACCUGCUGCAGGAGCUGACAGAUAUCGACACACUCCACGAGAGUGAGGAGGGUGCCGAGGUACUCAUAGACGCUCUGUUGGAAGGCCAGGUGGUGGCCUUGCUGGUGCAGAAUAUGGAGCGGCUGGAUGAGCAGGUGAAGGAGGAGGCCGACGGCAUCUAUAACACACUGGCUAUCAUAGAAAAUAUGGCAGAGUUCAGACCGGGCCUGUGCACCGAGGCAGCGCAGCAGGGGCUCAUGCAGUGGCUGCUCAAGAGAAUCAAGGCAAAGAUGCCGUUUGAUGCUAACAAGCUGUACUGCAGUGAAAUCCUGGCCAUCCUGCUGCAAAACAACGACAAUACCAGAGAACUAUUGGGAGAGAUGGAUGGCAUUGAUGUGUUACUGCAGCAACUCUCUGUGUUCAAACGUCACAACCCGUCCACCGCUGAGGAGCAGGAGAUGAUGGAGAACCUCUUCGACGCUCUCUGUUCCUGCCUCAUGCUGCCAGCCAAUCGAGACCGCUUCCUCAGAGGGGAAGGGCUUCAGCUAAUGAAUCUCAUGCUCAGGGAAAAGAAAACAUCUCGGACCAGUGCUCUGAAGGUCCUGGACCAUGGGAUGAUUGGACCAGAGGGAGCGGAUAACUGCCAUAAGUUUGUGGACAUCCUGGGCUUGCGAACCAUCUUCCCACUAUUCAUGAAAACCCCUAAGAAGAUGAAGAAAACUGGCGCUUCAGAGAAGGAGCACGAAGAACACGUCUGCUCCAUCAUCGCCUCCAUGCUGAGAAACCUCAAGUCCCAACAGAGAAGCAGACUCCUCAACAAGUUCACAGAGAACGACUGUGAGAAGGUUGAUCGACUGAUGGAGUUGCAUUUUAAGUACCUGGAGGCUGUUCAACAGGCUGACAAGAGGAUCGAAGGAGAGAAACAUGAGAUGGUGCGUCGGGGGGAGAUCCUGGACGACGCCAUGGAGGAUGAGUUCUACCUUCGACGCCUGGAUGCCGGGCUGUUUGUCCUUCAGUUGAUUUGCUACAUUAUGGUGGAGAUCAGCAACUCAGGGAUAUCACAGCUGCAGCAGAGGGUCCAUCAAAUUCUCAACCUGAGAGGAGGAUCUGUCAAAGUAGUGCGCCACAUCAUGAGAGAGUACGCUGAGAGCAUCGGCGAUGGGAAGAGUGACGAGUUCAAAGAGGCUGAGCGGAAGAGGAUCAUGGACCUUGUAGACAACUUCUAAGCUCAAUUUCUCUCUCCCACUCUCUCUCACUCACACACACACACACACACACAAACUUAGCCAUACACAAACAAUAUGUUCUCACACGUGGGAACUUUGAAACUUCACUGUUCUGAUUUGGGACUGAUGGUGACUGUGACCAAAGAGCUAAAAGGCGGUGGUCUGUUUUUCUGUAACAUGCGGUCUAAAAUCACUGGGUAUGUUUAAAUGCACAGUAAUACUGUGAUCAUCAGUCUGCUCAAAGCAAUCAUUUGUUAUUUACUUAUUUUCA